UCACGUUUCUUAGUUCUUACUUUGUUUGUGAUAUUAAAAAAAAAAGCAAUGGAUAACAUGGAUGCUGUUGGUGGUUUCGACGGAAAUGGUACAUCGAGCCCUGACAAUAACUUUGACCUCAGAUCACGUUCCAGGUCUCCCAUUGAACGUAACAAGGAAAGAGACAGAAAGGAUUAUUCUAGGGAUAGAGGUGGGGAAAGGCGUCAACAAAGACUGACAGGCUACAGACGUGUGUAUGUAGCUAAUAUACCUUUUGAAUCUAAAUGGACGGACAUUAAAGAUCUAUUCAGAGAGCAAGUUGGAGAUGUUUCUUAUGUUGAACUGUUCAAUGAUGAAAAUGGAAAGUUUCGUGGAUGUGGGAUUGUUGAGAUGAAAGAUGAAACUGCAGCACAGAAAGCCAUUGAUGUACUACAUAGAUUUGAAUACAAGGGAAGAAGUCUGGUUGUGAAGGAAGAUGAUGACGUGGAAAGAGAUCGAUAUGGACGACCAUUAAAAGGCUCCAGAGAAAGAAAUGUCUCUCUUAGUAGUAGCUUUGGAGGGGGAAUGGAUGUAAGUCUGGGAGGAAUAAGUAGUAGUUCAUCCUCCCAGUUCAACACCUAUGGAUUAAGUCCCCAGUUUCUCAGAUCACUUGGAAUUGAUGGACCUUUGUGUAACAGAGUAUUUGUUUCAAAUCUGGAAUACAAAGUAACAGAAGAAAAACUAGAAGAUAUAUUUAAGUUAGCAGGGAAGAUCUGUAAAGUGGACCUAAAAAAAGACAAAGAUGGAGGAAGCAGAGGCUGUUGUGUUAUUUCAUAUGAACAUCCUGCUGAAGCUGUGCAGGCAAUUUCUAUGUUUAAUAACCAGAAGCUGUAUAGUCGUACUAUGAGUGUUCGCAUGGAUAAAAUGAAUGAUGAUCUUGAAGGUUUACCACCUAAGCUGCCAAGUGGUCUUCAAGGAAUUGGUAAAGGCCUGGGAUCAAAUGGACAGCCUCUUAAUAUUUCCAGUUUGGUUGCUGCUGCCAGUCUUGGAGCAGGAAUGCUGGGGGGUGGUCUUGGGCUGAUGGGAUUGAAUUCCAUGAAUGCAGGAGUUGGUGGAAUGGGAGGUGUUGGAAUGGGAACUGGUGGCUUAGCUAAUAUGAUGAGCAACACAAUUGGGAGCCAGCCAGUUGGAGGUUUGGGUGGAAUAGGAGAUCAGGGAAUAAUGAAUUCUGGUAUGGGUGGAGGUCUGUCUGGAACAAUGGGAACUGGUUUGAAUAUGGCUUCAGCAACAGGACUUGGAAUGGGUAACACUGGUGGUGGUAACAUUAUGGGUGGAUUUGACCUUGGCACUGGAGGUUCUGGAAAUUUGGGAGGCCGAAUGAAAAAUUAUACAGAUAUCGAUCGCCUUGGCUUUGAAAACCACUUAAGGAGCUCUGAUACUGUCACUGUCAAAAAUCUUCCACAUUCCUACAACUGGCAGUCCUUGCGAGAUAAGUUUAAAGAUAUAGGUGAUGUGCGAUUUGUGGAGUUCAAGAAAGGAACUGCUUACGUACGUUUCAGCUCAGAACGAGAUGCACAGCGUGCAGUUGAUUUAAUGGAUGGAGCAAGAAUUCAAGGACGUUCAAUUGAGGUCCAGCUGUUCUAAGUUACAGAGUGAUGGGGUCAGACUUUCGUUCAUCGUUGGCUGUGAAAUAGCUGUCAUCGUGAAGAAGAAGUGUUUUGAAUUAGCUACCUUGCAGAAUUUCUUAUGUUCAGUUCAUUUAUGGUCACCACUUCACAAUGGCUUCAGCUGGUAGGGUCAAGGUGACCUUCAUAUUUGUAGGUGUUAAAACACUUGGACAGAAUCCAGUUCAUACAAUUUCUUUUUGUCUCAGUGCGUAAAUUGUGAUGUGUUUUUAUCAUCCUUAAAGUGGCAUAGUUUACCAUUAUAUUUUAUGGAGGAAUAAAGGGUGUUUUCCGUAGUGUCUGUUUUUUUGUUGUUUUCUUUAUAUAUAUGUAUCCAUGGAUGUGGUUAAAUAUGCAACUUAUUUAGAUGCAUUUAGUUUUGUUUGGAGUGUUCUUCUUUCAGACAUUCUUGAAACCUCCUUUUCUAAUGGAACAAAAGAAUUGUUAAUUUUUCUCAAUGAAUGUGAACAGAAAUCCAGAAAAAUAAAGGCAAAAAAUUAUGGAAUUGUGAUUUAGUUUUAGGUCAGUCAGAUUCUUCUGAAUUAGAGAAGUGCUGUUUGGAAAAGAAAAGUUCUGAGAAUUUGAUGGUUGUUCAUUUGUACUGAAAAAAAAAAGACUUGAGGAAAUGUUCUUAUGUCAAAUUCUAUUCCCUUUUUCUGGUUUAAUUUUUAUGCUGUUUUACUAUGUUCAAAAAUAGUAUUAUUUGUGAAAAAAAUGGGUUUUAUUCUGUUGAUUAUAAACAGUGAUUUAUUUCAAGGAUGUCUGUAUUUUGGGUGUCAUACACUACCAUUAACUUAAACACAUGAAUUAAAAUGACAUAAUUGUCAGCUAUUAUAGGUAUAAAUAUAAAAAACAAUAAUAUUGUUUGGUUUUAAAUUAGAAUAAUUUAUCUGGUGUAUUUCCAAGCUAUCUGAAUGAACAAUUAAAAUUAAAGCGUAAUUUAAAUAAAACUUAGUAUUUUCUUUCUUUCAUUUUCUAUGCUUUGUUUUCUUCCUUUAUGUAUUUUUUACAAGCUAUUAGAAUUGUUUGUACUUCCUAUAAUAAUUUGAGAUUUUACAAGUAAUUGAACCUUUAAGGUCUAAAUAUCAAUACAGGAGUUUGUAAUAAAUUUUGAGUAGAGAGUAGUGAUUUUUGAAUAAAAAUUCUGCCACUUGUAUGUUCAAUAAACACUAUGCCACUUCUAUAU